GCCAUGGCGGUUUUCAGUGGCGAAUACCAUGAACGUGCGCUUGUUGGGAACUUCGAAGAGGAAGGGGAGCACAUGACUCGUCGCCUGACCAGACAUGACUGGAUUUCAGAACACAGAUGACGAGGCUGUCAGAAAAACUUUGAAGAUGAUAUUUGAGGGUCGUAUUAGAGAUGGCACUAAAUUGAAUGUCGAAGGUCAAAGUCGAAGAAAUUUGCCUGGCAUUGUGAAACAUCUUUUUUCUAGGAAUGAUAAUGAAACCAACACUAAAGUUGAUAGAAUUAUCUUUAUUGCAUCUGCAAAAUCUGAGAACUUACCAGAGGAACUGAUCAAAUCUGUGAGAUUCCUAGCCUUGGAGGGAAGUAGAGAUAUUCCCAUAUUUGGUGUUUUAACCCAUGCUGAUGAAAUAGAUAUCAGCGAUCCAGAAUUUUGUAAAUUCGAGAAAAAGUUCAUGGAUAGCCUAGGACUAUCACAAAUGCGCUACUUACGUUGUACCAAUUACUGCAGUAAUUUCCCUGUAGACAACGACGAACGGAAUCCCGAUGUGGAAGUACCUGUGAUUAAGUUCCUUAUACAGGUUCUUGAUCCUGCUCGAGAAGUUUAUGAAGAGAAAACGAACUUAUCUGACAUUGUAUACAGACUAAUGAAUAUAAGGUUUAAAACUAUAGCAGUCUGCAUGUUGCAUAUAUUUUUAGCUCACCUGAGCUGA